AUGACGAAAUCCAAAUCAUCUUUCCCAGAGUCGACGAACCCUCACCAGAUCAAAGUAUCCCUUCGAGGUAAAAGUAUUCUGGACAAUCCAAGGUUCAACAAAGGGAGUGCCUUCACUAGAGAGGAAAGAGAUCAUUUUGGUCUGAGAGGUAGAUUACCCUUUGCUGUCGAUACACUGGAAGAACAAGUGGAUAGAGCAUAUAAACAAUAUCAAGCUAGAGAGACUGAUAUACUGAAAAAUUCAUUCUUGGCGUCUAUGAAAGCUCAAAAUUGGACAUUGUACUAUGCACUACUCUCUUCUCAUCUGGUCGAAAUGUUCCCUAUAGUGUAUACUCCAACAGAGGCAGAUGCAAUUGCGGAUUACUCGCACUUGUUCAGAAGAAGUGAAGGGUUAUUCCUGAGUCCACCUGAUAUCGAUAAGAUGGAAGAAGACUUCUUGGAUGCUUGUGAAGGUAGAAAUCUGGAUCUAAUUGUCGUCUCUGACGCGGAAGCCAUAUUGGGUAUUGGUGAUCAGGGCUCAGGAGGAAUAGGGAUAUCCUCAGCUAAAGCAGUGAUCUAUACUCUCGCUGCAGGAAUCGACCCAGCAAGAGCUUUAGCAGUCACUUUAGACGUAGGAACGAAUAACGAAGAUUUACUCAACGAUCCACUAUAUAUCGGUUACAAAAAUAAAAGGUUACGCGGAGAGAAAUAUGAUGAGUUCGUGGACAAGUUCGUCGGUCUGGUUAAGAAAUAUCAGCCGAAAAGUUUAUUACACUUUGAAGAUUUCGGAGUGUCGAAUGCCCAGAAAUUGCUAGCUAGAUACAGAGAUCAGCUUUCUAUCUUCAACGACGACAUCCAAGGCACAGGAGCCGUGACGCUCGCCGCUUUACAAGCUGCUAUUGCGGUCACCAAGUCGAAACUUUCUGAUCAGCGAACGGUUAUUUACGGUUCAGGAUCAGCAGGAUUGGGUAUAGCCCGUCAGCUUCGCGAUGCGACGAAACUUGAAUCAGACGGGAAAGUCGAUUCGAAAGAAGCAGCUAGUAAAUUCUGGUUGAUGGAUAAAAACGGCUUGAUCAAGAAUUCACUGGGGAAAGACAAAAUUCGUGAUGAGAUUGAGGAUGAAUUUAUUAGACAGGAAGAUGAUUGGGGAAAAGAUGAAAAUGAUUUAUUGGAAGUAAUCAAAAAAGUUAAACCUGCAGUAUUGAUUGGAACUUCAACACAUACAGGAGCAUUCACAGAAGAAGUUGUGAAAGAAAUGGCGAAACACGUUGACAGACCUAUCAUUUUCCCAUUGAGUAAUCCAACUAGGAAAUGUGAAGCGGAUCCCAAAGACGUGAAUCAGUGGACCGAUGGAAAAGCUCUCAUGGCUACUGGAUCACCGUUCCCUCCUGUUGAGAUACCGGGACAAGAGAAGAAAUACGUGGUGGCGGAGUGCAAUAACGCUUUGAUUUACCCAGGGUUAGGUUUAGGGACUAUCUUAUCCCGUUCCAAAUCAAUGACCGAUUCAAUGAUCGUUGCAGGAGCCAAAAGGCUCUCUGAACUUGCACCUGCACUCAAAGAUCCGGAUGAAUCACUUUUACCCGAAUUUGGUGAUGCCGCGCAAGUCAAUUUCGAAGUCGCUUUAGCUGUCAUGGCAGCAGCCAAGGACGCCGGUGUAGCACGAGAAGAAAAGAUGCCUGAUGACGAAGAUGAAAGAAGAGAUUGGGCAGAAAAUAAAAGGUGGGAAGCGAAUUAUGCGGAAUACGUCUACGAUAAAGAUGGGUUGAAAUGA